AGAUGUGUAAGAAGGUCUUACUUGUGCAUCUGCUAGGCUUAAUAGCAUCGGUCGUCUCAACUGCUAACGAUACACUCGAAGAGGAAUACAUAGAUCUCCAGAAUGAAACCUUUCCGGGACCCAGAGAGGGCUUAUUCCUAACACUAAAAUCGGAACUGGGACGUUUCGUUAUUAUCGAUACGCUGCAGGAAUUCUUCGCGGCCUGGCGCUUGUGCCAAUCUCUAGGGCUUCGAAUGGCUUCGGUAAACUCCGCAGACGACAGUCGCCAAUUGCGGAUAUUGCUGGAUAGAUUCGGGAAAUUCGACAGAGCCUGGCUGGCCGGCACCAAUUUGGGCAGCUUAACGGGAUGGGUCUGGAUCACGACAAACAGGAAAAUAACCUACUCCAAUUGGCUUCCGGGAGAACCGAACAAUGUCGGAGGAAACGAACGUUGUUUGGAAGUAAGCGGUCGAUAUCCGGAGCACUGGAACGAUGCAAACUGUUUCGAUCGACUGAAUACGGUUAUCUGUGAGAGGAAUUACGAUUUGUGUUGAGAAUUCCUUCACCUUUAUCGGAACCAGAAAAAAAUUUAAUGAAAAAAAAAUACUUUACCUGUUCUCUGUCUUCAAAAAUUACUGCUAAAAGACGUCAAAGGUUUUUCUUUUAAUCUAUUUCUCCCUAUCAAUGUGUUUUUUUAAAUGACAACCUGUGUAGUUAAGUUCAGUGAACAGGUGAAUUUGUUGUUUUUCCUUAUUUAUGGAAUAAAAGCUAUGGGAUCAUGAAAUUUUGAUUUGGUUCCAAUUUUUUUUUUCACCAUCAAAGGAUAAAUUCAGUUUUGGAUUUUAUUAAAAUACUAAAAUUUGAUUGGGAUCCGUAUCAGUAGUGGUGUUUGAAAAAAAAGCAUCGCCACAAAGUCCUACGUUUAAUAAUAUUGACUCAAUUUGAUCUGGGGACGGGAGUGUGUAUUGGAUAAAAAUAUCAUGAAAUUGUUUUAAAGAUUAUUAAUUAAUUCAACCACUUUCGUUAUUUUUUUGGAUAAUUUUGGAAAAAAAUAUCGAAAUAUAUUUCCACUUUUAAUGAG